AUGGCGGAGGAGGGAGCUGAACAAGGAUACCUGCAGUCUCAAAAUUUGAAUACAGAUGCUGAUGCCGCAGCUGGCUCAGACUCGGACGACUAUGAUCCUUCUGAAACAAUUCAAGAGCAGUUUCCUGCGAAUAUAGCAGCUUCAAAUUAUAAUACGAUUCCUCAUAUGUCUCCUUUUGCCAGCUCUUCCACCUCAACCCCUGCUCCAGGCGCGAACUUGCCUGAAAGGAUGCCUGGGGAGUCCUAUAACAACAAUGAUUCGACCUUUUCACUUCCCACGUCUGGGGCAGAGCCCAAAGGUUCUACCACAAUAUCCCAGAUUGGUGUCUUUGAGGAGGGAUCAACAGGUGAUGAAGAUGGAGGGGACGCAGAGUAUGAACCGCCAGCUGCGGCCUUAUCAGCUCAAGUUCAGAAUUCAAUAUCUACUUCUGCAGACAUGUCUCAGCGCUCUCUUUCUGAAAAUAUAAAUGAACCUGUUUCACAUUUCCAUGUACAACAGCAAAAUAUUGCUUCAGAUCAAAACACUCCACCUGUUUCCAUUAAUCUUCCUGCUUCCGAUUCCCACGUUGCUUAUAAUGUGCAGAACGAUAGUGCACCUAAACCAAUGCAAGGAAAAUCAAAGACCCCAGGACGAUCCGCUAUUCAAUCCGCGAACAGCUCCCUACCUUCCACGCCGCCAGUUGCUGCAGCCGCCUCUAGGACCCGUCUGCCGCAUGACCGAGUUGGCAUCCUGGAGGACAGAAUAAAAGCUGAUCCUCGUGGCGAUACAGAUGCAUGGCUGGAAUUAAUUAGCGAACAUCGCAGCAGGAAUAAGCUUGAUAGCGCCAGACAGGUUUAUGAGAGGUUUUUCAAAGUCUUUCCAUCAGCGGCUGAGCAAUGGGUCGAAUAUGCCACCAUGGAGUCCGAAAAUAACGAACUGUACAAGUUGGAGCAGAUAUUUACUAAAUGCCUUUUAUCUAUUCCUAAUGUCCAGCUUUGGUCGUUGUAUUUGGAUUAUGUCCGCCGUCGUAAUAACUUGACCACCGAUACCAGUGGCGAUGCACGACGAACCAUCACGUCGGCCUAUGAUCUUGCACUUCAACAUAUUGGCAUCGAUAAGGACUCGGGUAAUAUCUGGGUUGAUUACAUCCAAUUUCUCCGUUCGGGGCCUGGUAAUAUUGGAGGUUCUGGUUGGCAAGACCAGCAGAAGAUGGAUCUUCUGAGAAAGGCAUACCAGCGGGCAAUUUGUAUUCCUACGCAGUCCGUCAAUACUCUUUGGAAAGAGUAUGAUCAGUUUGAGAUGGGCCUUAACAAGCUAACAGGGCGCAAAUUCAUACAAGAUAAAUCUCCCUCCUACAUGACAGCGAGGAGCUCUUAUACUGAACUUCAAAACAUCACCAAAGAACUUGUCAGAUCAUCACUACCCCAUCUACCUCCAGCCCCAGGGUAUGAAGGGGAUUUUUCUUUCUCCAAGCAAGUUGAAAUCUGGAAACGUUGGAUACAGUGGGAAAAAGAUGACCCUCUGGUUCUCAAAGAAGAGGACUUGGCUAGCUACAAGCAACGAGUUCUAUACGUCUACAAGCAAGCACUUAUGGCAUUACGAUUUGUGCCAGAGGUGUUUUUCGAUACCGCGGAUUUCUGUUUCCAGAAUAACAUGGAGACCGAAGGAAAUGACUUUUUAAAACAAGGUAUAGAAGCAAACCCGGAGAGCUGUCUCCUUGCCUUUAAACGUGCCGAUCGACUUGAGUUAUCCUCAGUUUCGGAACAGGACCCUAAGAAACGUGGUACCCUUGUCAGAGAGCCUUACGACAAGUUGCUUGACGCACUUUAUGAAUUAAUAGCCCAGGUGCGAGCUCAGGAGGCAACGGAUAUUGCCAAGCUCGAAGAACAAGCUGCACAGGCAGAACCUGAGCAGCCAACUCAGCUCGAAAAUGAUGAUGAUGAUGAUGACGAAACGGGUAACCCGCCAACUCAAGAAAGUGCCAAAGCGAAGGAGAUUGAGUCGGUGAAAAAAGAUUAUGCCGCGAAAGUCGGCGUUCUAUCCAAGGCCAUAUCCUUUGUCUGGAUUGCGUUGAUGAGGGCAAUGCGCCGUAUCCAAGGGAAAGGCAAGCCCGGUGAGAUUGCCGGAUCCCGUCAGAUAUUCGCGGAUGCGCGUAAACGCGGGCGUAUCACCAGUGAUGUUUAUAUUGCCAGUGCCCUGUUGGAAUACCACUGUUACAAGGACCCUGCCGCAACCAAAAUUUUUGAGAGAGGUGCAAAGCUCUUCCCAGAAGAUGAAGUAUUUGCUUUGGAGUAUCUCAAGCAUCUGAUUGAUAUUAAUGAUAUUACGAAUGCACGGGCGGUUUUUGAAACCACUGUUCGGAGACUUGCCUCAAAUCCGAAGAAUGUUGCCAAAGCCAAACCCAUUUUUGCCUUUUUGCAUGAAUAUGAAUCCCGAUAUGGGGAUUUGGUACAAAUAAAUAAUUUGGAGGCCAGGAUGAGAGAAUUGUUCCCCGAGGAUCCUUCUCUGAAGCAGUUUUCCCACCGAUUCUCCGCUCCAUCCUUUGACCCUACCACCUUCCAGCCGAUUCUAUCACCAAGCCAACUAAAGCCCAGAACGAUUUCAUCCCUCGAAGAGCCCAGCUCUCGGCCCAGCUCACCUUCUAUCCGCCAUCCAACUAGCAACACUCACUCUCCUAAACGAUCCUUCCCCCUUGACGAAUAUAGUGACGAAUUAAACCGGCCACGAAAAUUCAUCCGUGCCGAAUCUCCGCUGAAAGGAGCCGCCGGAAGACGUGAACAGCAGAAACGACUACAGUCCAACGGCUCUAGUGGUGGCCCGACUGCUGCAAGGAAGCAGCCACAGCAGCCACCUCCUUCAGCAGGACCCCUACCUAGAGAUGUCGUAUACCUUCUAAGCAUCAUUCCUCCAGCCUCUACAUACGACGCAACCAGGUUUUCACCCGAGAUGAUGGUGAAUCUCCUCCGUCAGAUCGAGCUGCCUUCCAGUGUAUCACAGCUUCGACUCCCACAGCAAACUGGUGCUGCCUCACACCAGUACCCCCAGUAUGGUAUGUUAUAG